CCCGUCGUUAUCGAACCAAUGGAGACCCCACUCCCUUCUUUAUCGCAACUACCCCCAAAUCCUACUCCCGCCGCCGCCGUCUCUUCCGCUAUUCCGGCGGCAGUCAAGAGCGUAGCCGUUCAGCAACCGAUCGAUGGAUCUCCACGCGCCGUCGCUGUUGAUACCGGAGGUCAUCCGGAGCCACUUCCGGCUGUUCCCGGCGCUAAGCUUCGUCUUAUGUGUAGUUUUGGUGGCCACAUCAUGCCUCGUCCACACGACAAAUCGUUGACGUACUCCGGCGGCGAGACUCGUAUGGUCGUUGUUGAUCGACGUGCAUCACUGUCAUCGCUCCGAUCGCGUCUCUCUAGUAUGCUUCUCAACGGCCGGUCCUUCACUCUCAAGUAUCAGCUCCCUAGCGAAGAUCUCGAUUCACUCGUCACCAUCACUACCGAUGAAGAUCUGGAGAAUAUGAUUGAGGAAUACGAUCGCGCGACUUCUUCAGCGACGGCGACUGCUACGCAACGGCUCCGGUUGUUUCUUUUCGCCAAUAAGCUCGAGACCGCCGCUACUAUGGGAUCUCUGCUUGACGGCGCGAAAUCCGACACAUGGUUCGUCGAUGCUCUGAAUCAAUCUGGUUUGCUUCCUCGUGGUUUAUCAGAUUCCGCCGCCGUGAAUAACUCCUUGGUGAAUCUCGACGAAGCUAGCGGCGGAGAGACCGAGAUCCAAAACCUAGAAACUAAUGUUGGUGGCGAGAACAAUAAGCGAGCGGAUUUGGUUGCUAACGGUGUGAUUUCGCAUCAGGAGAUGCAUAUGAGCUCGAUGCCUGAUUCGCCAAUGAUGGAAGCCGCUGGUUCUUCGAUAGGAUCUUCUUCUUCUUCUCCUUCCACAUCCAAUUUGCCACCGAUUCGCGUUAGAGUCAGUGAAGACCAGAGGAUAGAGGAACAAUUGGCGCAGAUGACCUUCUCAAACAUGCAAACUCAGAGGCAAUUUGAUGAUGGUGUUAGCUUGAUGGCAAAUCGGCCAAUGAUGAUUCCAUCUGGUGCCAUGAACGAUGCUGCUGCGAUGGCGUAUAACAACGCACCUAGUGAUGGUGCUGCUGCUACAAGCAAUGGCCAGGUUUCACCGGACGACGAUCGAUCCGAUUCAGGUCUAUCAACUGGCUACAGGAAGCCACCUUUGCCGAUGCAACCAGUAGCGAUCCCACCUAGAACUAUUGGAGGGUAUUGCUUGACAUCCCCUGAUUCCGUUGCAAGUGAUACUAGCAUUUCUUCUGCUAAUUCAUUUUCAAAGCCGAUGUACUACCAAGACCAACCUCCAGCUCUGCCUAGAGCUCCUCCAGUGACGCAGCCUGAAACCACAUCGGUCCAAAGCUCUCAAGUCUUACCUCAGACUGAAAACACUUCAGCCCAAACCACCUCCCACGUCCUAUCUCAGCCAGGUACAUAUACAACUAUGGAUCAACAACAACACCAACCUCUGGCUCAACAACCUUUCUUACACCAAGGCGUUCAGUAUAUCCCUCACCCAUCACAAUACAUCCCGGUUUACUCUCAUCAGCAACAAAACUACCCUGUUUACGUGAUGUCUGUCCCGCAAUCUCAGCAGUAUAUCCCAGCAGGAACUCCCCCACUCUACCCAAACUCAAAACCUGCCACAAACUCGAGACCUGAAGCUGCCCAGAACGUUUACCGUGCCGCUCCCCCUCAGGUUAUUCAGCUUCAGCAACAGCAUCAGUACAUGGGUUACACUGGAGCUCCUCAACAUAGCACAAACGCAAACGCCAAUUAUGGUACUGGAGCUCCUCAACAUAGCACAAACGCAAACGCCAACUACGGUGGACCCUAUGAAUACACAAACUCUCCAAAUGAGACAGUGUAUUACCACACACAACCUCCUGCUGCCAACACUGCCAUUCCAUUAGCGUCUCCAUACCAAAGCAUGACACCAGCAGCAGCCGCAGCAGCUCUAGCCGAUAUGUCCAAGCAAAUGGCUCUUGACGGCGGCAAACAGCAACAACAUAUGGCUGCGUCUCCGCCGCUUUAAACGCUGGAUCUUUGGUAAUAAACGCGCAAAGUGUUAAGUAUAGCCGACACAGUCCGCUCUGGUCUUUUUGCUUAUUACAUGUAACGUCGUGUUACAUCUCGUUAGAUAUACAUAGGAUUUGCUAUUUCGUUGUUCUUAUCGUAGUUUGCUAAUGUCUUUCUCUUUUUCUAUAUUUGAUAAAUAAAAAUGUUUGGAUAAU